GAGAAUUUCUAAAAUGAAAGUGAAAGAAGAAGAUUUGCAGAUGUUUUUUGUGUGAAAAAAAUAUUGUGUAUUUAAAAUGAUCUGUUGGUAAACUUAUCAAAGCUCGGUUGAAAUAUAGAUGAAUGAAUUAUGACAUCAUUUUCUUGGAAGAAGAAAACAGGUAGUAAUGUAAAGCGAUCUGUAUCGACAGCAUUUGAAGAAGACACAAAAGAUGACAAUGAGCAGUUAGAAGGAGUUUAUUGGCUGACACUUGUUCCACACAGAAAAGUCAUUUGUCUUGAAGAUGCUUUAUCCAAAAGUUCCAGACUUAAAAAUGAAGGGUCAUUAUUGGCUGAAUCUGAAAGAUACUGGGAAGCCAUUAAGAAAUGGGAUGAGGCGCUACAGUUUACACCUGAAGAUGAAACAAUCUAUGAAAUGAAAGCUCAGGCUUUAUUAGCAUUGUGUGAAGUUUUUCCUGCUUUAGCUAUGGCUGAAAAGGUGGUGAAAUUAAAACCAACAUGGUGGACGGGCUAUCAGACAUUAGGACGUGCCCAGCUAGGUCUGGGUGAAGUCAGACAGGCAAUGAAGAGUUUUUCAAGGGCAGUUCAUAUAAAUCCAGCUGAAGAAGAGCUAUGGAAGGAAGACUUUUUAUGGUCAUUCUCAUUACUGAAACAAAAAGAUGAUCAAAAGAAAUUGUUAGAACAGGAAAUUGAUAAUUCUAAAGUUAAACUGACAGAACUGAAUAGCUCUGAUGAAGAGAAAGUGACAGAAAUUAGUAAUGAAAAACAAGGGACGAGUGAGAAAAAUACAAGUUUAUCUACAAUUGAUAAACAUCCACAUGAACCAGAAAUAAAGUAUCUACCUCAAAAUUAUGUACAUAUGAGAGAUAAAUGAUACUUUAGUUUGA